AUGCCAUCUCCACUUCCUCUUAGUCGUCUUCUUCAUUUGGAAUUUUCUCCAUCUGUGAAUGUGCGACCCUGUAGCAGUCCUUUGCUGUUGCCUGCCAAAAGAGGGAGGCUCUUGGCAGGUGAAAAUUCUCCCAAGCUGCGUCGGCUGCCCCCUCACCUGGCUUGGUGUUCUAUAGACUGGGAUCAUUUGUGUCUGCUGCAUCCCCUAGGCUCUGGUGGCUUUGGUUCCGUCUACAAGGCUACUUACCGAGGAACUACAGUGGCUGUAAAGCAGGUGAAGAAAAGCAGUAAGAACAGUUUAGCAUCAAGGCAGAGCUUUUGGGCAGAACUAAAUGUGGCACGUCUUGAUCAUCAAAAUGUGGUGCGUGUAAUAGCUGCUAGCACAUGCUCCCCUGCUAGUCAGGACAAAUUUGCAUGCCAGUAAUUCACAAUGGAAUAUGCAGGUAAAAUGUUAUUCCUGUGGAUCAUAAUUUCUAUGGGACUAGCAAUAAAAUGCAAAAGGAAGGAAGAUACCCUUGGAUGUGGCCAAGAGUCCUUAAGCCUAGCUCAGUCUCUGCACUACUCCUGUGACAUUGUGGCUGGUUUAGCCUUUCUCCAUUCACAGUUAAUUGUGCAUCUGGAUUUAAAACCUGCUAACAUAUUCAUCACGGAACAAAAUAUUUGCAAAAUUGGGGACUUUGGAUGUUCCCAAAAGCUAGAGGACAUCGCAACCACAGGCCCACAGCUGUAUCACCAAGGGGGAACAUACACCCACCGAGCUCCUGAACUUCUUAAAGGGGAAAAAGUCACCUCCAAAGCAGAUAUUUACUCUUUUGCCAUCACUCUAUGGCAAAUGGCUACACAGGAAGAGCCUUAUCUGGGUGAGCGCCAGUAUGUCCUCUACUCUGUGGUGGCUAAUAACCUACGCCCCUCUCUGACUGCAGCUGUGUUUAGAGUCUCAGCCACUGGACAAAAGCUUAAGACUAUAAUUGGAAAUUGUUGGAGAGCUGAGGUAUCAGAACGUCCCACCGCAGAUCAUCUCCUUCACAAUCUUUUUUCUUUAUCAUUAGCAGUGUAA